UUUAAGCACAUUUUAACCCUGAUCAAGCCGCUAUUUCCACAUUUUUAUUUUUCAAUCGGCACGAUGUCAGACGUUCCAGAAGGAUGGGAAAGGAAAAUAAGUCGCUCAAAUAAUAAGGAGUACUUUUUGAAUAUUUACACAAAAGAAAGUCAAUGGGACAUGCCUACAGCCCCUGCCAAACAGCAAAGCGCAACUGUUCAGGCUUCACACUUACUUGUCAAGCAUAGAGAUUCUAGAAGACCAUCAUCAUGGAGGGAAGAAAACAUCACCAGAUCAAAAGAAGAAGCUAUAAAAAUACUUGAGGGCUAUAGGGAACAAAUUGUUUCUGGUGAAAAGCAAUUUGCAGAACUAGCUUCACAGUACAGUGAUUGUAGCUCAGCAAAGCGUGGUGGUGAUCUUGGACCGUUUGGUAGGGGUCAGAUGCAGAAACCAUUUGAAGAUGCUACAUAUAGUUUAGAUAUCGGAGAAAUGAGUGAAAUAAUCUCAACAGAUUCAGGAGUUCAUAUUAUUUUAAGAACUGCUUAAGUGUUCCUUCUUAUAUUUGUAGAUAUUUGUCAAUCUUUAAUACAUUGUUAAUGUUGUACAAAAAGACAUCUGUGUAUAGUUAUACUGCAGGUUUAAACAAAGAUAUAUUGUAAAAUGAUUGACACUACAACUGGAGAUUGUAUAAUUUUUAUCUUGAGAAUUGUCAUCAAUCAUCAGUACUUUAAUAUUUGCAUAUGUGUCUCUAUAAAAACAUGAUCUUGUUUAAUUCGACUACAUUCUGGUACAAUCAACAGGAACACCUUUAAUUUAUAUAGACAGUAAGAUUUAAAUUGAAAAGGUUUCAAGCAAGCAAGCAUUGUUGAUAUAGUUAUGUAGACAAUACUUUAUAUUAUAGGUACAAUGGGAUAAAAUACACCUGUCAUUUCUUUUAUUUUAAUUAUUGCAAUAUUCAUGUACAGGUGAUAUACAUGUAUGUGCCACACAAAUCUUAAGACAUUUUGUUACCAGUAAUACCCAUAUAUUUAAAAGUGCUCAUAAAAAUUAAUUACAGUGACUUUCCUCUGCUCAUUGUGUAUAUGUUAUAACCAAUAAUAUAAGUCAAUAUGCAUGCAUGUAACAAUUUAAAAUCUUGAUAAAUCUAGGUAAAUGUCAAAUUAAUCAAUUUUCAUUCUUUUGUCAAUUUUUUCUUUUCUUAUGAAGACUUCAUCAAUGAAGAUACUAAAAUCUUUAAAUGUGCAUUUAUGACCAGACAAAAUUUCACAAAAACAUGUUUUCUGAUCAAAUAAGUCAAAUAACAAUCCAAAGAGAAGAUAGAUUUUUUCUUAAUAAUGACACAUGCACAGCUGAGCAGUUCAGAUCACUAACUACUUUUGCAAAUCUCUGAUUUCUUGCUCAGCUUUUACUAUUCUUUUUUUGUCUCUUCAUCUUUUGAAUAAGUUUUGGAUUAACAAAUAUGUUGACAUCACUGAAAAAACAUUCAUUGUCUAAAUUCUGAAUUGGUAUGAAAAAAUCUGUACUGUUUUUCAUUUUCAUUAUCAAUAUUAUACAGAACAACGAGAAAUUGAAAGUUACAAGCGUUAGGUAUUUGAUUCAAUCAGAAGUUCUUUUAAAGGAAACAACCCUCAUCAAAUAUGUCAAGAAAAUUGUAUAAAAGUAAUAGUUCCUUUCACUGAAGUAUAAUUCUAUUAAGUUUAUUACUUUUAGCAUGUGCUAUUUCUCUUUUAUAAAUAAUCGUGGUAUCUAUGGUCUGUAGUUUGUGUUAUGUGAGUAUUUUGUUUGUUAGUUAUAUUAGUAAUAAAUGGCCAUGUCCGGCUUAUAAAAGUACCUCACACUCUCUAUUAGUAUUACAAAAGAUUCCAGAAUAUACCUCAUGUACAAUAUGAGGGUAGGCAAUUACUUUAUUUAAAUGUGUUCAUUGUUGAGAGCUAUUUAUUGGCAAACAUUGAUACCAGACUAAGUACAUCUGAUGAUUUCAAGAAAACAAUCAUGUAAAAGUUGAUUUUAUUGUUGCUUUUCUGCAAGAGCCAUGUGUGUUCACUAUCUGUAAUACUAUUUUUAUUUAACCCUGUUUAAAACAGUAUUCUUUAAUUUUAUAAUUUGUUCAAUUUUGAUAUGGAAUGUCUUUUUCUUUUGCUGGAUCAGAACAAUUUUUAUUCCUAAAUGAUGCAAUUCUUUAAUGGUGAAUAUUUUGAUAAAACGUUUGUCUAAACGCAAUAUACUUUCAGAGGUAUAGAUGAUUAUCAAAAAUAAAUAUUGCCAAUGAGACAAUUAUCUUCCAUAGUUCAAAUGAAGUGGAUGUAAAAAAAAUAUAGGCCACUGUACAGCUUCAACAUGGGAGAUGAUUGUGUAAACUUUGAAUAGAAAAAACUAGAUAUUUCAUAUGAUAUAGAAAUAUUUGAUUUCAUUAGUUUGCAUUUAAAAAGCUACAAAAAGGAUUUGUAGUACUUGAUAUAAGUUGUUUAAGGUCAAGGAACAGUAAAUGGACUACGUCACAGAUUUUGCUAAAAAUUUCCAUACAACCUUGGCUCCUUGAACUACAACUGAAAAUCGAAAAAAAUAAUACAUUUAUCUCUUUUAUUAUCUGAAAAAUUGCAGAUUGAUUUCUUUUAAUAUGGGUGAAUAUUUGUAUAGAAAGCACAUAAAAUCAGAGAAAAAACAUCUAAAAUUUGUCUUAUAAUCGCCAAAUCUCUAAUUCUACUCCAUAGAUUUUUCUUAAAAAACUAUAUAUUGUUGACACAUAAAUUUCUGUUUUAAUGAUAUAAAAUAAUCAUAGGGUCACCGACUUCGUUUUUUGUCUAACAAUCAAUUUGUUACCUUGUUGGUAGUGAAAAAUGUCAAAAAUCAACGUUCUACGGCCUGCAACGCGAUAACAUUACGAUUAUUUCGACGUUUUGUUGGAUUUUUUCACAUAGAACGCAACCUUGAAUGAUGUAUACCGUAAAAACGAAGUCGGUGACCCUAUUUUUAUUUUGCAUCAUUAUAACGGAAAUUUAUGUAUCAACAACAUAUAGUUUUUUAAGAAAAGUCUAUGGAGUAGAAUUAGAAAUUUGGCGAUUUUAAGACAAAUUCUAGAAGGGUUUUCGCCGAUUUUAUGUGCUUUCUAUACAAAUGUUCACCCAUUUUGUAAGAAUUCAAUCAGUAAUAUUUCAAAUGAUUAUUGAGAUAAAUGCAUUAUUUUUUCGAUUUUCAGUUGAAGUUCAUCGAGCCAGAGUUGUAUACCAAAUUUUACUGAAAUCUGUGAUAUAGCCCAUUUACUGUAACUUGACCUUAAGGAACAACAUUAAUUUUUUCUUUUACGUUUAAUUUCUUGUAACAUUAUAAAUGUCAUGUUCUAUGUGCAAAUAUACAUUCUUGGAAUAUGUGGAAUAAUAAGAGAAUAAAUAAUUGAAAUGCUG